AUGAAACGAGGAUUCUCCGAAUCUCCUUCAAGCUCUGCUCCUCCUCAUCCUUCUUCCAGAUUCAAACCAAAUCCCCAAGGUGAUUCUCAGUUUCUGGAAGAUGAGACCACAAAGAAUUUUGCCAGGAAGGUUGCUGAUCAUUACAGUCGGAGAACAAACCAAACUUUGGAAGAGCGAGAAGCUAGUCCAAUCAUUCAUUUGAAGAAACUUAACAACUGGAUUAAAAGUGUGUUGAUCCAGCUUUACACUCGUCCUGACGAUUCUGUUCUGGACCUUGCCUGUGGGAAGGGUGGUGAUUUGAUUAAGUGGGAUAAGGCCCAGAUCGGGUAUUAUGUUGGAAUCGAUAUAGCUGAAGGGUCGAUUGAAGAUUGUCGCACGCGUUAUAAUGGUGACGCAGACCAUCAUCAACGUCGUAGAAAGUUCACUUUUCCGUCCCGGUUAUUAUGUGGGGAUUGUUUUGAGGUAGAGCUAGACAAGGUUCUUGAAGAGGAUGCCCCUUUUGAUAUCUGCAGUUGCCAGUUUGCUAUGCAUUACUCAUGGACUACUGAGGCACGUGCACGACGAGCUUUAGCGAAUGUCUCAGCUUUGCUUCGUCCUGGAGGCGUUUUUAUCGGAACAAUGCCAGAUGCAAAUGUUAUUAUAAAGAAACUUCGGGAAGCUGAAGGUUUGGAGAUUGGCAAUAGUGUAUACUCGAUUCGUUUUGGUGAAGAGUAUUCCCAAAAGAAGUUCAAAUCUAGCAGCCCCUUUGGUAUCGAAUACGUGUUUCAUCUUGAGGAUGCUGUUGAUUGUCCUGAAUGGAUUGUGCCCUUUAACAUCUUCAAGUCUUUAGCUGAAGAGUAUGAUUUAGAGUUGGUAUUUGUGAAGAACUCACACGAGUUUGUCCAUGAGUAUAUGAAAAAGCCAGAGUUUGUAGAACUCAUGAAAAGGCUUGGUGCUUUGGGUGAUGGUAACCACGAUCAAAGCACAUUAUCAGCUGAUGAAUGGGAAGUUGCAUAUCUAUACCUCUCUUUUGUCCUGAGGAAGAGAGGAGAAUCGGAUGGGGCUCAAAGGAAAGGGCGGAGGAAGAACGGGAAAAUGAACUUGUCGAAAGAUGAUAUUUUGUAUAUCGAUAACUGA